GCUCUGUCGUGCCUAUCAGACGGAGAGCAGAGGUUCGCGUCGAAUUCGAGUGGCUUGGGGGCAAUAUGGAAAUGCUGUCGACCAUGUCGGGGCCGGGCGUGAAUGAUCAGGAGACGCAGUUUAUGCAGGUCCACACUGCCACUGUUGGGUCAUGGUCAUGGUCAUGGUCAUGGCCGUCGGUGUUGGACCCUCUUUGCCAAGCGUGUAGCCGUCGCCUUCGCCUCGUCGUUGGCCACCGUGCCCAUGGAGCGGCCGGCUGGGUGCGUCGUGAGCAGCGCUGGCGGGCUGCUGCCAUGCCAGCCUUGGUGUUCGCUUCCCACCACUACCACCACCACAGCACCAGCUAAGCAGCAAAUGACUGUGAACGGCUCCGUGCUUCCUGCACCCUUCUCUGUAAGCAGCCGAUUAGCACACCCCCCUCAUGCCUGCCAACCGCGCCCGCUGUGGGGAGGCGACGAUACACGGUGCGCUUCCGCUGACGACUCGCCAUCCUGGUCUGGGAGCAUCCUCUGCCGCUGCUGUUAUUGAUUGUCUGAGCCGAACGUGGAGUACUUGACGCCCCUUGUCAUCCCCGCAUUUGCGCCGCUCAUCUCGCGAGCCAUGUUUUGCACCUGUGUAAAGCUAGACGGACGCGAGAUUGGGUGUGGUUACUUAUAAUCGCUGCUGGCCCGGCCCUUUCCUGUCUUUGUUACACUACUACCUUGCUGCCGCCA